AUGACUUCACCUCCAAACUUUGUGGUCUCACCCGUCGAUUAUGAUAAGGACUGGGAUGACUUGUUUACAACGUACUGGGAUUCAUGGAAGGAACCCCUUCAAGCCGUUGGUCAGUUGACUUUCUCGGGUAUAGGUGUUGGUGGCCCGCAGGAGGCGGAAGCCUUCGCUGCUACCAAACAAGCAUACCUGGCUGCGGCAUUGGCCAAUCCCAACCAACACUGGGUCAAGAUCGAAGAUCCAAGUCGAGUGAGCCGGGGACUAUGUCCGAUUAUUGGGGGCGGUGGAUGGACGGAAUAUCAAGAAAACCCAUUUCGAGCUCACUCUGAGGUGGCUAAUCAGGGAUGUAAUCGACUUCUCGGGCCAGGCUUCGAAGCAGGCUCUGAGCGCUAUCACCUAUCAGCAGAGUUAUACAUGCAGCUCUGGAGUUGGCGCCCAAGAAUGAUGAAGACAGCGCAUGUCUACGGCCAGGCUUUGUGGGUAAUUCCUGAGUACCGCCACCUAAGUGCGACAGCAUGUGGUAUGGACUACUGGAUCCGAAGGAUUGAUGAGUUAGGUGUCGAAUCCUACCUCGAGGGUUCCUCCUUAAGUACCUCGCUGUACCUCAAGCAUGGCUUCAUUAUCAUUGGAUAUCCAACUAUGGUAUUCCAUCAUAAAGAUAAGCCAAGCGCAGAUUGGACUAAGCUUGUUCACGACAUUCAAGCUCAUCCUGUUAGCGUCAUGUGGAGGCCUAAGGGUGGUGUAUAUAAAGAGGGUGAGACUGUCUUACCGUGGCAGGGCAAGCCACGACAAGCAAAGCUCUGA